AAUGCGCCUUCGGCCUUCGCCGUCUUUCGAUAGACACAGAUACGGCAUGAGGAGAACCCUGACGAGGUCAGGUCGAUCGUCAAAACAUGAGCAGGGCCAGGGCUGAGCUGAUUUAUCUUCUUACACUUUUGCUUUCUAACUCAACCACCAAAGUAUAUCUAUAUAUCUACUAUCACUCUCACUCUCACCUCUUCCUCUGACCUAUAGCUACAACUGCUAGCAAUAGCUCAUCUCAUCACUGAAGCUCUCACUGCUGUCCCGCUUCUUCUUGGCCCUCUGUGGAUCACACACGCGACAGGACCGUGCUCACUGCUCCACCAACAACGGGCAAGCCAAACCCUCGAGUCGAAACUUUGAAGGCACCAUACUCGUACAGCUCGUGGACAUUGCAGGGCUAGUUUUCGGAGAGGAAAGUUUGAGUCCUCCAGCUACCAAAUAUUCUCGCCUUUCGUUCAUCCGAUCCUCGUCCUCUUCGCCCCAAAUCUUAGGUGACGGUGACCUCAUCGAGAACUAGCCCACCGCAAUGUCCGCCUCUGCAAUCCUUGAAGUCAACGGCGGGCUCGAGAGUCAUGUCACGGUUCAGAAGCGAGCUUACUAUUCACCUCCUUGGGCCGAUGUCAGCAUUAUCGGCGUCGCGGGCAGCUCAGGUUCGGGCAAAUCGACCUUGUCCCAGGCUAUCGUCAAGAAGUUGAACCUACCCUGGGUCGUUAUUUUGUCAAUGGACUCUUUUUAUAAGACCUUGACACCCGAGCAGUCUAAACUGGCCUUCGCCAACGAAUAUGACUUCGACUCGCCUGACGCCAUCGAUUUCGAUGUUCUGGUCGAUAAGCUACGGGAUCUUAAGGCUGGAAAACGGGCUGAAAUUCCUGUUUAUUCAUUCGCCAAACAUUCUCGAUUGGACCGUACAACAUCCAUCUACUCGCCUCAUGUACUUGUCCUAGAGGGUAUUUUUGCGCUUUACGACCCUCGAGUGCUUGAACUGCUUGAUAUGGGUAUCUAUUGUGAGGCAGAUGCAGAUACUUGCCUGUCAAGGAGACUUGUCCGUGAUGUACGCGAGCGUGGGCGGGAUAUCGAGGGUAUCAUCAAGCAGUGGUUUGGAUUUGUCAAGCCAAACUUUGAGAAGUUCGUCGAGCCCCAACGGAAGGUUGCUGAUUUGAUCGUACCGCGAGGAAUCGAGAACAGAGUUGCCCUUGAAAUGAUGGUUCAGUUUGUCGAGAAGAAGCUGUUCGAGAAAUCAAGACAUCACCGAGAGGCACUGUCCCGUCUGGAAGCAGCAAGUAAGGAUUCACCGCUUUCUGAACGGGUCGUGGUCUUGGAUGAUACACGACAGCUCAAAUUCAUGAACACCAUCCUUCAGGAUAUUGACACAGAUCCUGAGGAUUUCAUCUUCUACUUUGACAGGCUUGCUAGUCUGAUUAUUGAACAGGCCCUCAACAAUGCCCAUUUCGAGGCCAAGAAUAUUGUAACACCCCAAGGAUACGAAUACAAGGGUCUUGUAUCAACGGGUGAGGUCUGCGCCGUUAUUGUACUCCGAGGAGGAUCAGCGUUUGAGCCGGCGCUUCGAAAGACUAUUCCCGAUUGCCGAACGGGCCGUCUUCUUAUCCAAUCCGACUAUUCCACGGGAGAGCCGGAACUUCAUUACUUGCGACUACCUGACGAUAUUGCAGACCAAGAAAGCGUCCUACUUCUGGACACCCAGAUGGCUACUGGAGGUGCAGCGUUGAUGGCGGUGCAAGUCCUGGUCGAUCACGGCGUGAAACAGGAUCGUAUUGUUCUAGCAACAUACUCGGCCGGCAAGGUUGGACUUCACAGAUUGACAUCCGUUUUCCCAGAGAUUACAGUCGUGGUUUGCAACAUGCUCGACUACCAACAAGAACGAUGGGUCGAGAAGAGGUAUUUCCGCUGCUGAAGGACCACUCUUAUAUAUAGUAUACGUUUGUCAUGAUAUAUGAUGGCGGAAGCUUGGAAACAACGCAGUGAUAGUGGUAGUCAAAUCAAGAUUCACGAUAAGGAUUAUCGGAAUGCCCGGUAAUUAUAUCCGUAAAGGAAGCAAAUAUGCGAACAGCGCUGCGUUUGGUUGCUGCGUCAGCUCUUCACAAUCUUGAGAUCCACCACAAUUGGCAUCUCAUCAGCAUCUGUAACGUAACUGAUCCACGACUAGGAUCCACGAAACGGGACGUCCGAAACCAACAGGAUACUUGGAAAAAAGAGGAGCCACUGUGUGAUAUUUGACGCAAACCAGCCAAAGUCAUGGCAUGGCGGCCGACGUAUCCGAGGGGUCGAUAUGGCUUCAAAUGAGUACAUGGGUUUGUCUAUGUGUGGCCUAUGAUUCAAUGACGAUGGAAAAUGAGAUAUUGAUGUUUGAAGUGCGAUAUGCUGUACGGUAGUGGAGUCGCCGAUCUUCGGUUGUCAUGGAUCGCCAAGAAA